AUGACUUCGGUUCCCGCGGCCAACUGGAGCGGCGGCGGCGCUGGCGCGGAGCUGGGCAGCUGGAACGAGAGCGUAUCCCCGACGGCCGGGAACUGGUCGGCGGCCUCGUUCCCGCUGGCGCCCGCCGCCAACUUCUCCAACCGCUUCGUGCAGCCGUCGUGGUGCAUAGCGCUCUGGUCCUUGGCGUACGGCGCCGUGGUGGCCGUGGCCGUGUUCGGCAACGUGGUGGUGAUCUGGAUCAUCCUGGCGCACAAGCGCAUGAGGACGGUCACCAACUACUUCUUGGUCAACUUGGCUUUCUCCGACGCCUCCGUGGCCGCUUUCAACACGCUCGUCAAUUUCAUCUACGCGCUCCAUGGAGACUGGUACUUUGGGGAGGCCUAUUGCCGCUUCCAGAACUUCUUCCCCAUCACCGCCGUCUUCGCCAGCAUCUACUCCAUGACUGUCAUUGCGGUGGACAGGUGAGGAAGGGGCGGGCGGGAGACGCGAGGAGAAGGCAGGCGGGAGAGGUGGGCGCGCCCCGUCGGAACCUCCGUUGCUCGCUCCGUUUGGGUGUCACUACUCAGCUCGAGUCCCCGCGAAAAUCUGGUUGUCCCUCCCCCUUCCCCUCCCCCCCCCCCCCGCCUUUGCUCUCUUUUUCUGCACGGUAAAGGGAUUGUGGUGUGUAUCUUAACAGCAUCUUUGAAAGUUAUCACAGCAAUUGCCCUAAAUGGACCAAACGUCGGGUGUUGCAAGCGCGCCUGGCCACGUGUUUCUAGGCUCUCCUAAGCAGGGAACUACUGGGUCUCCCCCCCCCCUCCCAGGAUCUGAUAUUCGGGGGUUUACUGCGCUUGUCCAUGGAGGCUGCACUUUAUCUCGGCUUUUAGUCAUUGCUACUACCUACGUGCAUCACUUACCCUUUUGGCCAUUCCCGGCUCCGCUCCGCCGCAGAACACACUCCCUUAUCAAGCUUGUGAACAGUACUAGGUCAGCUAUAAUCCUGUAGUAAAAGUGUAUUUAUUUUCGCGUUUUCUUUCUUAAUCCUGAUUAUCUCCUCCCUUUCCCGGCCCUUUUCAUUAGCCUCGCUGCGUUGCUUGCCAGCCCUCCCUCGCUGCCAGAGGGUCUGCUCUGAUCAGGCGAUCCGAUCUGCGCAAGCCGUUCAAAUCUCCCUCUUCUCUGUAUUCUUACGAUUAUGAUUAUUUUCGCAGCAGUCAUAGGAGAAGAACCAUCUCUUCAGAGACAAUGGGAGGAGUUGUUGUUUUUGCCCUGCAUUUUAGAAAGCUGCAUUUUAGAAAUUGUGUUUUCUGUUGCCUCCGUCAUUGCAACUGUUGAGGUUAAUUGAUCGCUUCCUGCUAUUUUUCUCCCCUUUUUUGUCAAUGAGCUACUUGUGGCUCUGGGCGGUCUAGUGGGAGUGUCUACGGCGGCUGUGGAACGUUCUAACAAACGCGCGAGUCUCUUUUGGAUACGUUCUGAGGGUUCCGCUCAUGAAUGAGAUCGGCUCCAUCACUUUGCUUGGGUGGAUGGGAGCGUGCUUGAGAGAGCCAUCACCGCUUGUCUUUCAUUUUGUGCUGUUGUAGGUUCAGAGAGUUGCUGCCAUUUACUGCGUAAAGGACACAAACUUCGGAUUCUCGGAGAGUCCGAAGCAACAGGGCACCGAUCCCUUGUUUUAUUUCUUUUCUUUUUUUAAUGAGAGUUUUUAAAAAAUCAAAUGAGUUCUGGAGAGCUACUCUACUUCCAAAGAUGGCGAAAUGCUUGGGAAACGAGCCUGCUUAUUGGGCAAUGAGUGGUGCGUUCUGUGCAUGCUCAGAGGCAGGCUCUCCUGAUUACUCCAAGAAUGCCCCACGGAUGGGUGUUAGAAUUAAUUCAUUAUCUGAUGCAAGCAAAAACAGGCUGUGAUCAUUCACUAAUGAGGGCAUACAUUCUGUGUAUACAUGCUCAUAGGAAAGCUAUUUUUAUUGGUCAGUAUCGCGGGUGGCGCUGUGGGUUAAACCACAGAGCCUAGGACUUGCUGAUCAGAAGGUUGGCGGUUCAAAUCCUCGUGAUGGGGUGAGCUCCCGUUGCUCAGUCCCUGCUCCUGCCAACCUAGCAGUACGAAAGCAUGUCAAAGUGCAAGUAGAUAAAUAGGUACCGCUCCGGUGGGAAGGUAAACGGCGUUUCCGUGUGCUGCUCCGGUUCGCCAGAAGUGGCUUAGUCCUGCUGGCCACAUGACUCCCUCGGCCAAUAAAGCGAGAUGAGCGCCGCAACCCCAGAGUCAGUCACGACUGGACCUAAUGGUCAGGGGUCCCUUUACCUAUCCAACUAAUCUUUUUUUUUUUUUUUUAGCAGAUCCUUGAUAUAUUUUUAGUAUUCAGUAAGUUUCUUUUUUCAUGCAUUUAUUUAUUUAUUUAUUUAUUUAUUUAUUUAUUUUGCUAGUGCUCCAUAACAGGCCAGUCACCUGGGUGCUAUUCUUCUUUGGCCAAUGAGUCAUUGCUGAGCCUGCUGAGAUCAGGCUAAGGUUUACCAUGGUGAAAACUUUUCUCUCCUCCUCAAGGAGCCGUUAUCUCCAGUCAAAACAAAAGCUCAGAAAAACCUCCUCUGUGUGGGAUCAGCAAUGGUACACUUGGACGAAGUGCAAUAAUAGCUUUUCAGAUAAUUGCUUGGCUGGCUUCCCGCAGGAGUUGCCCCGAGCAGCUGAACAUAAAAGAGACCAAGCAGGAGACAAACAGUUGGUGUGAAACCUCAGCAAGACAGCUUUCAACUCCAGUGGGCCAUUUGGCACAUGGCAUGGCAGUAAAUCUUGGUUCACUAUUGCAUAGGGCAGCCUUCUCCAACACAGUGCUCUCAAGAUAUUCUGGACUACAACUUCCGUCAGCCUCAACCAGCAUGACUAAUGGUGAGGGAUGUUGUAGUUCCAACAUAAGAAGGAGCAUAGAAGGGCACCAAGAGUUAUCUAGUCCAACGUCCUGCAAUGCAGAGCCCAUCUAGUCCAACAUCUUCUUCUCAUUGUGACCAGCUACAUAGAUGCCUGCAAGCUCCCCAAUGUAGCACCAUGCUCACCAUGUGAUUCAACUGGUAUUCAGAGGCAUACAUCCACGGAGGAAGGGCAUAGUCAUCAUGGCUAGUGGUCCUAAUCAUAAUAACUUCCUCUUCUUUCUGAAGGACAGGGAUGAGUGUGAAUCCUUAUUUAGCCAGAACAGUGCCAUCCACAUAUCAGGAAGCUUGGGGAAGGACAAAAUAAAUUUAGGAAUGUGGGAAAUACCCUAAGGAGAGAGAGAGAGUAAAAAAUGUUCAGCCCAAUGAGGACUGGGAAUGCUCAAUGGGCCCAGAAAAGUGGAGUAAUGGAGUAUCCGGGGAGAGGGCAUGGGAAAAUGGGACCAUGAACAGGAGCACUCCACACUGCAACCUUUCCUUGGAGGUCCCAAAUAACUUAUUGUUUGUGAUGCCCAGACAGAGACUUGCAAACACACAAUAGGUAAAGGUAAAGGGACCCCUGACCAUUAGGUCCAGUCGUGACCGACUCUGGGGUUGCGGCGCUCAUCUCGCUUUAUUGGCCAAGGGAGCCGGCGUACAGCUUCCGGGUCAUGUGGCCAGCUUGACUAAGCUGCUUCUGGCAAACCAGAGCAGUGCACGGAAACACCGUUUACCUUCCCGCCGGAGGCCUAUUUAUCUACUUGCACUUUGACGUGCUUUUGAACUGCUAGGUUGGCAGUAGCAGGGACCGAGCAACGGGAGCUCAACCUGUCGUGGGGAUUCAAAUCACCGACCUUCUGAUCGGCAAGUCCUAGGCUCUGUGGUUUAACCCACAGCGCCACCCGCGUCCCAUAAACACACAAUAUAUGAAUACAAAUGUCCAUACGUUUUUCCCCUCACAUUUUAUGGCCUUUGAAGCUCACUGUUUACAUGUUCCCUUCAGUGUGUGUAUGAAUGUGUGUGUGUGUCUAAAUAUAUAAUGUGUGUACACAUUCUGCUAACUAACUUAAUGCAUCUGAUGAAACAUUCUGUUGCCCAUGAAAGCAUCAUAAAACCACAGGGCUCUUUGCUGAUUUGACUGCAACUGGCUAACAUGGUUCCCACAGGCAAUUUGGGUGGAUUUUGUGGCACAGGUUAGGUUGCUAUCAGUCCACAUAUUGCACACUGCUUCAAGAUGAUUGUAAUUGAGUAGAUUAUAAAUGGUCGGAAAUAAAUAAAUAUUCUUCUAAAGGUGGGAAGGAGUUGUCCUAGGUUGAUUCUCACAUGUCUAGCAGAUUGCUUCUUCCUUGAACUGCAUAUAGUAGUCACUCCUUGGUGCAGCAACCAAGGCACAUGAUCUAAAGGCACACCCACACUUUCGCUUGACCUCUGUUUUUAUUGUAUUGUGUACUGAUUAACUCCCCUGGGUCCGGUAGCUUUUCUUGGUGUUCUGCUGCUGUGCCUUGUGAAAGGUGGGUCUCACCUGCUGAAUCAGAUCUGAUCAGAUGCGCAGGAAAUCUGAAGAGAGAUUUUGCUUAACUGAGCUUCAGUUUAGCAGGUCAGAUUGGGUUUUCUCAAGGCACAGAGACAGAAGAAGAAAAACUUUCAGACCCAAGGAAAUUAAUUAGUAGACAAUACAAUCAAAAUACAGAUCAAGUGAAAGUGUGAAUGAGUACUAACUCAUUUUGUAAAUCUUAGCCACUAGCACAAAUGGAUUAGAGUCCUGAUAAUCCCAGAUUUCAUUAAAAGAAAUGUGUGUGGGGGGGACGGGUCUUCAUGCCUAUUUAAAAGGAGUGAGGGAUGGUGUUUGCCAGAUCUCACAUAGGACUGAAUUCCACAACUGCAAGAGACUAAGAAAAUCUGUGCUAUACAUCUCCCCUCUGUGAUUUGGCAUCUAUCAAGCUCAUAAGUGAUUUGCAAAGCAUCUAAAUGUGAUCAUCUGUCUUUUGAUGAUUCAUUUGCAUUAGGAAACCAAAACAGCUGUAGCUUUCUUGUUUUGGGUCAUAAUUGCAUGAAAUUUGAAGAAGUGGUAGCCUCCCAAGAGGAGAGAAACCUUGCCAAGUUUCAGACAGGUAGCAUCGUGCCAGUGUUUUACUGUGAUAGCCACCGUUAAUGUUUGAUCCCUGCCCCCUGGCACUGUGAUUGCAGUGUUUGGUGAGAUUCUAGCUGUGGAUUGGAAGCUAGAGUUGUACAUGAGCAAAGUCCUAUUCUGCUCACACUGACAUUCAUGUUAAAUGGUGUUGUAAUUAAUAAUUAAUUACAAUUAAUUAAUUAAUUAAUGAUUACUAAUUACAACACUUUGGAGACAGGCUACCAGGGCUUUCUUACAGAGCAUUUUUCAGCUCUGGAGCACUCUGGAGUGCUCCAAAUCAUUCUGGGUGGUCCUGACUUGCUCCAGAGCAAUCCACAACUGAUUUGGUUGAAUUGAUUGCAAAGUCCUAGUGUUUAUUGAAACCCACAGAAUAGAUGGCUGUGUUUGCUUGUGGUGUGUGUGUGUGUGUGUGUGUGUGUGUGUGUGUGUCUUCACAACAGUUUCUCCCAUUUGCAAUGUGCCCCCAAAGGUUGGUGGCCUCAGCCUUAAUGGUGUUCCAAAAUACACUGCCUGCUUCUCCUAUCUAGGAGAUUGAAUCAGUCCCCCGCCCUGUCUCUUCCCACCACCUAACCUUGACUAAAUGAAACCAUAGGUUCAAACUAGCUUUUCAAAUGCUAUGUGUUGUUAUGCAAGAUCUUCUUUUCAUUACAGUAGCAAAUGAAGCAAUCUUUCUGUUUUUCCUACUUCACAAAAAGCCUGAGAAGCUUAAUUGAGUUGGAGUCAAUAGCACACUGUGAUCACUAUGAAAAAUGCUAAGUAUUUUUUUUAUUACUGCUGUUAUUUUGCAUUUCCCCAUAUCCCGGACAUCCACGAAGCUUGGAGUAUGGCAUUAAUAUUUAUCAGCAAUAAUUGCCACUUACUUUUCCCCCACAAAAGCCACUGAAAGGAGCAAAAUGUUAUGAAGGAUUAAAUUGACAGUUCGUUCAUGUAUUAAUAGCAAUAUGAGGACACGGUGCGCAGGGUAUCAAAAUUCUUCUGCAAAUGAAUCUGUUUUCCUUAUGAGUGGGAGCUUAAUGUUUCUGGCAUUAAAGCAAAAAGAACACGGCUAAAAGCCAUAUGGAUCAUCAUGGCCAAAAUGGAUCAGGAAAAGGUCCUGAGCGAGAUCCAUUGAAAUGGAAGAUGGAUAUAUGUCACUUUGUGCAAUAUCAGUUGCAGGUUUGAAGGGGUACCCUCCUACUAGACCCAUUCCUGAAUCUGUAGGACAUCCUGGAGGUGGGGUUGGAGGGUCAAGACUCCAUGCAUCAGCAUUGGUGACCACAUGCAUGAGGUGGUAGACAAUUUUGUCUACCUGGGUUCCACCAUAACCAGCAUCCCUUCCAUCAACAGUGACCUGGACAAGUUUAUUGGCAAGGCAGCUAAAGCAAUGGCUCGCAUCUCCAAAACAGUAUGGGAGAAUGUGAUGCUAACAUGCAAUACAGUGGUACCUUGGGUUAAGAACUUAAUUUGUUUUGGAGGUCCAUUCUUAACCUGAGGUACCACUUUAGCUAAUGGGGCCUCCUGCUACCGCCGCACCACCACCACACAAUUUCUGUUCUCAUCUUGAAGCAAAGUUCUUAACCCAAGGUACUAUUUCUGGGUUAGCAGAGUCUGUAACCUGAAGCGUCUGUAAUCUGAAGCGUCUGUAACCCGAGGUACCACUGUAUCAAGGUGAAGAUCUACCAGGCUUGCAUGUUGAGCAUGCUGCUUUAUGGAAGUGGGUCAUGGGGCAACUUAUAACUGCCAGGAGCAACGCCUCAACACUUUCCACAUGUGCUGUGUCAGGAAGCUUUUGGGCAUCACAUGGCAGGCCAGAGUCUCAAAUAAAGAUGUCAUCUCCCAAACAAACAUUCCCAGCACGUUCACACUCCUGUCUCAGCAACAUCUAUUCUGGCUUGGUCAUGUCCACAAAAAUGGAAGAUGGAAGGAUCUUCAAGGACAUGCUCUAUGGGGAGCUGGCUUCAGGCACUGGGCUCAUUGGCAGACCAACUCUGCACUGCAAAGAGGUCUGCAAACAUGACAUGAUGGCUGGCAAGAUCAACCCCACUGCUUGAGAAUCCAUUGCAGACGACUACAGCGCCUGGAGACAGACAGGUUGUGCAUCGGUAACAUUGACCAGAGGAGGAAUAACUGCUGGGAGGAGCGGAGAGAGAAGAAACGCCAUGGUGCAUCUGCAGCAGGAUGCCUUCAUCUGCCCCAGCUGCAACAAAACAUAUCUCUCCCAUAUCAGUCUCUACAGCCACAGCAGGCACUGUAAGCUUUGGUGUGAUUCAGCAGCAAAGCACAGGUUUUUCUAUGGAGGUGUGGAUGGACCAUGAAUCAGCCCUACAGCAGCAGCUCUCCAGGAUAGUAUGCAGAAGACCUUCCCAGUCCUAUCCUAAGAUGCCAAAGAACCUGGGAUAUGUUGCAUGCAGAACAUGUGUUCUGCUACAGGCUAUUUGCUGGGCAGAGGGGGUUGCCCAUGCGUUUUUCUUCCAGAUUUUUGUACUUCCUAUAUCUAAGUUAAUGUUCAUUUUUUUCUGAAAUGGCAUCCAAGCCUCUUACACUUGCACAGUUUUAUGUCCUGUGGGUAUGCUGGGACUGAAACAAUGUAAUUUCACAGAUGUUCUUGAUGUUUAUAUUGCUAAAACUGUGGGGAACCUGAGCUGAUUAUUUCUCCUGGGUUUCCAUAGAAAGCCAUUGUCUUACAGUGUUUUCUGCAAAUGAUAUUUCCAAAGAGAUGGGUACUAAAAGAUUAUCUUUCUCAAAUAUGACUUCUUAAAAUCUUUUUUUCACAAGACACCAUUUUAUGGACUAUUUGUUUUAUUUCCCUCCAGCGUACACACUGCAACGCACAACAAAGUUCUCCCCUGCCACUCUUUACAGUAAUGAGUCUGUGGAACUUUUGUUUUCUGCUACCUAAUAAGAAUAGGAAUCUUAAUUUGUGAGAUUAGGUCGCUGACUGGUAGAGGCGAACAGAGAUUGUGUGUGCUUGGGACAUGUGUUUUCCCCACUCUUUAAAUAUACAGAACAACUUCCUUGAAGCAUCAGCAACAGAAUGUUGAAAUAACCAUCUAUCCAAUUAAAGCACAUGUCCCAAAUGUGUAUCAUCUCAUCCAAAUGAAAUGCUUGUUCACCCAUGUGUCUCAAAUAAUUCACUCGUGAAGUAAUCAGGGCUGAAAUCUUUCUUUGUUACCUGUCUUAUAGCACAGUUUGCAAUUCAAGGUUACUACACAAACAGGUACAGUGGUACCUCGGGUUACAUACGCUUCAGGUUACAGACACUUCAGGUUACAGACUCUGCUAACCCAGAAAUAGUGCUUCAGGUUAAGAACUUUGCUUCAGGAUGAGAACAGAAAUUGUGCUCCGGCAGCGCGGCAUCAGCAGGAGGCCCCAUUAGCUAAAGUGGUGCUUCAGGUUAAGAACAGUUUCAGGUUAAGUACGGACCUCCAGAACGAAUUAAGUACUUAACUUGAGGUACCACUGUAUGUACAAAAGUGAUAAUAUUCCUUAGGGUAAGAAAACAGAGGGGCUGCAUUGCAAAAAAAUAAUCAUAAUAGCUAUUUGCCUAGUGCCCUGUGAUGAGCUAGAGUUGCUAGAAGUCAGCACCCUCUCAUUCAUUGCUCCUUCCAUCUCCUGGCCAGGGAAAGAGGGAAUCGCCAACCCACACCAGGUUCUCUCUUAUGAGGUGGGUGCAUCGUGCCUAGCAAUGGGAUGGGUUGGGGUAAGUGACAGUGGAUGAGUAAGAGUGAGACACAAAUGUAACAAUAGAAACAAGACAGGAAAAGGCUUCCCAUAGGAUUGCAGGUAUGGUCCUUACAACAGGUGAGAGACAAUUGGUCUAUCUAGCCCAUCUUGUCCAUCUGAGUGACAGCUGUUUUCCAGGGUCUUGGGCUGAGGUGAUGGAAACGGACCCAUCACCUGAACCCCUUUUAACUGGAGAUGCUAGGAAUUGAACUGGCAACCCUCCACCUGCAAAGCAUGGGCUACAUUCCCUCCUCUGGAGAAACACAGACCCCAUUGGAAGCUGUUCAACAUCUUUCCCAGGACUGAUACUUUGAACCAAUUGGACAAAUUUCCAAUGAAUGGGCAAGCCUUGGUCCCAGUCCCGACUGUACCAGCAUUGCAAACUGAUAGGUUUCCCUUAAUUUAACUGUAUAAAAAUCUGAAAUUUUGCUCACCUCAUCUUUUUUUUAAAAAAAAUGUCCCAGUAGGUUCUAGAAUGGACAUUGAAUAGACAUUCAGCUCUGUUAGAGUUUGAUCAGGGUAAUAGCUGUUUAUUAUACAAUCCUGCAACAGUCUAGCCAGAUAGGCGGGCACUUGUGAUUACAAACACAGAACCAAUUACCAUCCUUUGAACUAUCAUGAUCUACCCCAUAUAUAUUUACAAGGUAGUAUGGAGAAUAAUACAGCCUGUUCCAUCGCUUAGAUUUAGUGCCCCACCAACACCAGUUCUGCUGUCAACAGCAACGUAGACAAGAGCGAAUGCACAAAAGGGCCUUGAUGCUUUAUGAACAUCAUAAAAAACGAUACAUAAAAACACUAAAAUGAACUGGAAUAAAAAUCUGCCUGUUGUGCAAAUGUUCAGAGGUAAUGAAAAAAAACGAAGAAAGGCAUCUUGAUCUUGAAAUAGCAAACAGGGAAGUUACCAUGUGAAGCCAAAAGAAAAGAAGAAAAGAAUGUUAAGAAAAGAAGUUCCCUCUUCCCAGGAACCUCUAGUAAUUGUAUGGGCAUUGGUACACCCACUGUACAUUGGUGGGUGUGAUUUGAGCCAUCUUCUGCCUCCAUUACUUUUUUUGUGAGAGAGGGGUGAUUACAUGAGUCAAGCAUAUACACAUACAUUCCAAUGAAUGGAGCAGCUGUGUGACACAUGACCCUAUGGACAUGUCUGUAGGAAGCAUGCUGAGGCUUCUGCUGAGUCAAGAGGAUCCAGUCCCAGGCAAUGUCUAGGCAAGACAUAAUCACUCCUCUGCAGGGGAAACGGAAAGAUGAAAGGCCUGAACAAUGAAUCAAAUGAGCGACUUACUGGGCAGUUCCUCUGUGGGUUAUUACUUUGGGAUCAUGGGAGCCUUCAGUUAUUUAUCUUCUGCCUUGCAGCACUGUGGCCAUCCUAUUGCCCAACCACUGAGGAAUGGCAAGAGACAUCGCAAAAGAGUCAUUUUCAUUUCCUGCAUUGUACUGUAUGAAAGAUAAAGUAGUCGAACCAUUCCUGAUUUUGUAAUGUUUUCUACCAAUUUUGUUUCCACAGAUAUAUGGCCAUUAUUGACCCCUUGAAACCUAGACUGUCUGCCACAGCUACGAAAGUGGUAAUUGCAAGCAUAUGGAUUCUGGCAUUCCUGCUUGCCUUGCCACAGUGCCUCUUUUCCAAGACGAAUGUGAUGCCCGCAAGGACUCUGUGCUACGUUUCAUGGCCAGGCGGCAUGAAACAGCGAUUUACGUAAGUUGCGCUUUAAAUGGCAAUGCGCUUUUGCAUGCUUUGCUGUUGUUAUGUGGGCCUCCUAAGAGCAUAGCCUAUUGUGCUGGACCAAAGCAAAGAUUGCGUAGCUCGUAGCUUGAAUUAAUAGUGAAAGUCCUUAGUGGAGAGGUGGGGGUAAAGGAGGAAAACGAGUGGCCUUCCUUCAUCAUUUCUGUUGCCAUGGAUGCAAUGUCAGCUGGAAAGUUGGCUCCAGCAACCGCAGGCCCUCAUCAGAAGAUCUCGGGUGUCAAGAAGGAGCUCCUAUAGGAUCACACAUAUCUUUAGAUCAUAUGUGAGCAAACAGUUGCCCUAGGGCCAUACACAACCCUGGGCAGCCCUUAGCCACAUUUCAAUAGCUCUGGAAGCUCAGACUGCUAACAAGAGUAAUCUGUCCCUGGCAUCCCUAUGGGAAGGUGGGGAGAAAGUGCUUCAGGUGUGCUUUAAAGGUAUAGCCUCUGACUAAGGAAAAGGAAGCUAACAGCCUCCCUAGGAAGGUAGGCAUGGCUGAGGGCAGACCAAGGUUGGUGGUGCAGUGCCCCAUUCACCCAAAUGGACCAACCUCCCCUAUCUUGGAUGGAAGUUCUUUUCCCUUUCUUGUUCCCUUCACACAAGAUGAAGGGAUGUUGUGUGUGAAAAAGAAAUUAGUAUACUAUUCCUAAUGUUGAAUAGGCACGCUGCCCAUGUUUCCCUAUCCUUCAAAUGAAGCCGGGUUGUUUUUACCAAGACAACCAGAUGCUUAGCUUCUGAAGGGUCCUUCUCCAAGAAUGCAUCAGUUCAGUGCUGCUCUCUUGCAGGUACCACGUCAUUGUGAUCGCCCUUGUCUAUUGUUUCCCACUGCUUGUCAUGGGUAUCACUUACACAAUCGUUGGAAUUACCCUUUGGGGCGGAGAGAUCCCUGGCGAUACAUCUGACAAAUAUCACGAGCAGCUGAAAGCCAAGAGGAAGGUAAUGUACCACUAAUUUUUGCUUGGUUAGUACAGGAUUAAUUCCUGUAGCUUUAUGGUUGUGAUUGCCUGGUUUGUAAUGCGCAUUCCAAUGGUGCAGACAACACAGUAGGUGGUGAGGUUAUGGGGUACAGGAGAAGCAUCCGUCUUCAGGCCAGAGGGCUGAAACUCUCCUUCACCCCAAAGGAAGUGGGAGCAUAGAAGAGGUGGUCAGGACACUGAGGCCCAGAAACUCUCAGCUCUCCUUGGUGUGACAACCGAUGUGCAUCACUGCCUUGCUGUUCCAAGGACCAGCACAGGACAGUGAUAGAGAAUGCAUGGCUUUUGCACUGCCUUGUCCUUUUGCCCUUGGGAUAUUUAAUAAUGCAAAAUGUGUGCUGGGUUUCCUAUGUCCUUCUUUCUGCUCCUCUGUGCUGGCUGCAGCUUGGAGGAAUGGGAAACAUAGAGAGGAAGGCUGUGUACAUGCCAUGCAUUUAAAAGCAUGUUUUAAAACCCAACAGCUGUGCCACAGCAUUCUGCACUAGCCACAGUUUCUGGACCAACCUCCAAGGCAGCCCUACAUAAAAUCAAACUGCAGUAGUCCGCCCUUGAUAUUAUCAGUGCAUGGAUCAUUGUAGAUAAAUGGUCUCUGUCCAGUAAUUGCUGCAGUUGGUGUGUCACAUUUAUAGGCACCUUAAGCCCUCCACUGGUAGGUGGGAAAGUAGGAGAUGAUAGAUAGAUAGAUAGAUAGAUUAGAUAGAUAGAUAGAUAGAUACAUAGAUAGAGAGAUAGAGAGAUAGAUAUAGAUAGAUGAUAGAUGAUAGAUGAUAGAUGAUAGAUGAUAGAUGAUAGAUGAUAGAUGAUAGAUGAUAGAUGAUGAUGAUGAUAGAUAGAUAGAUAGAUAGAUGAUAGAUAGAUAUAGAUAGAUAGAUAUUGAUAGAUGAUAGAUGAUAGAUGAUAGAUGAUAGAUGAUAGAUAGAUAGAUAGAUGAUAGAUAGAUAGAUAGAUAGAUAGAUAGAUAGAUAGAUAGAUAGAUAGAUAUAGAUGAUAGAUAGAUAGAUGAAAGGUGUGCGUGUGUAUGUUUAUACUUGUAGCUAAACUGAACAGCCUGGCUCUAAUAAAUCCACUAUGAUAACAGGAUGUCAGUAUCCUGUCUUCUCUGCUGUCGAUUCUGACUUCGCUAUGGCUUAAAAAAAAAUAUUGUAAGCACUAAUGAAAAAGCUCCCAAUGGCCUUGGUUAAAAUGAUGAUGCCAUUUAUCAACCUGACUUUCAUCCAUGACAUUAAUGAAGUCCUGCUUCUCCCUGAUUGAGCGGGUGCUGCCUUUUGCAUAAUGUAUGGCCUGAAAUGUUUGGCUGAGGUUUCCCACCUCCUUUUUAUUUUUUCGGUCACACUGGAAGGAACCAUGGCACUUUCAAUUUCAGGUGUGACUGUUAGCAUCUUUUCUGAUUGCACAGGCAUUUGAGGACCGGCUAGAGGACAGUGUGUGCCUGUUCUUGGGGGGAAGCUGUUAAAACAUACAGUAUCUGCCUCUCCAUCUUGUUGUUUUAAUAAAAAUAUUCUUACCAGCUGUCAACAUCAGAGAUGAGGGAGAUGAGGGAGAAUACAAACUAAAAUAAAUAAAAGACGUGUGGCCUGAAUUGGCUGUAUCUGUAGCAUCUCUAUAGAAGGUUCUGAAGUGAGUGGUCGCAGACCAGAUCCAGGUGCUCUUGGAAGAAGCUGAUUUUAUGGAUCCAUUAAAAUCGGGGUUUAGGCCUGGUUUUGCCACAGAAACUGCCUUGGUCGUUCUGUAUGAUGACCUCUGUCAAGAGAGAGACAAGGGAAACAUUUCCCUGUUAAUUCUUUUCAACCUCUCAGCGGCUUUUGAUACCAUCGACCAUGGUAUCCUUCUGGAGCAACUCUCCGAACUAGGAGUGGGUGGCACCGUUUUGCGGUGGUUCCAGUCCUACUUGGAUGGUCAUUCCCAGAGGGUGUUACUUGGGAGUGUUUUUCAGCCCCAUGGAACCUUCAAUGUGGGGUUCUGCAGGGCUCAAUUCUACCCCCCAUGUUGUUUAACAUCUACAUGAAACUGCUGGGUGGGGUUAUCCGGAGGUUUGGAGUAUGUUGUCAGCAGUAUGCUGAUGACACUCAGCUCUAUUUCUCCUUUACAUUUGCAGGCGAGGCAGUGGAAGUGCUGGACCAGGGUCUUGCCUCAGUAAUUGACUGGAUGAGAGCCAACAAACUGAAACUCAAUCCAGAUAAGACUGAGGGUGGGUUAGUGGGUGGUUUCCUAGACUGGAUGGGUGGGAGAUUGCCUGCUUUAGAUGGGGUUACACUUCCUCUGAAGGAGCAGGUUCAUAGCUUGGGGGCACUCCUGGAUCCUUUGCUGUUACUUGAGGCUCAGGUGGCCUCAGUGGCCUGGAGUGCCUUCCAUCAGCAUUGGCUGGUGGCCCAGCUACACCCCUAUCUGGACAGGGAUAGUCUAACUACUGUUGUCUAUGCUCUGGUAACCUCAAGGUUACCAGAUGCAAUGUGUUAUACAUAGGGCUGCCUUUGAAGACAGUUUGGAAACUUCAGCUGGUGCAGAAUUCAGUGGCCAGGUUCCUCACCGGAGCAAGACAGUUUGAGCAUAUUACACUGAUCCUGGUCCAACUGCACUGGCUACCAAUUAGUUUCAGGGCCCAAUUCAAAGUGCUGGUUUUGACCUAUAAAACUUUAAACGGCUCAGGACCACAAUACCUCAAGGACCGCCUCUUCCCAUAUGAAUCCACCUAGACCCUGAGAUCAUCUUCUGAGGCCCUUCUUCGUGUGCCUCCUCGAGAGGUCAGGAGGGUAGCAACACAAGAACGGGUCUGCUCUGCAGUGGCUUCCCGUCUGUGGAAUGCUCUCCCCAGGGAAGUUCACUUGGCACCUUCAUUAUACACCUUUAGGUGCCAGGCAGAAAACGUUCCUUUUUAACCAGGCCUUUGCCUGACUUGAUCUACUGCGUAUACCUUUAUUUAAACGCUGGCUCUCUUUUUUUGGGGGGGAGGGUUGUUAUUGGGUUGUUGUUUUUGUUUUGAUUUUAUGUAUUUGAUAUUUUAUGUGAAUCUCCCUGAGACCUUUGGGUAUAGGGCAGUAUAGAAAUUAAAAUAAUAAUAAUAAUAAUAAUAAUAAUAAUAAUAAUAAUAAUAAUAAUACAGGGUGUGCAAAGAGGAAUUGGGUCACAGCAGUAUUCCUGUGCCUAGCACCUAUUGAAUGGAGGGGACUGAAUGAGCCAUUUUAUUACCUCCUUUUCAUUUUGUCCAUGAAACUAAGAGGGUUGAGAAUGCAGAGUAUUGGAUUAACUACAAGACAAGACAUGGGAGAACCUGUAAAUUCCAGCUUCUCCAGUCUUAAGUCCAGUUCUUAAACCCUCGUGAAAAUUCAGUAGCACUUUAAAGUGAUAUUGACAUAUUCACCCAUUCCCUACUUCAGAAUCCCUGGAUUACUUACUGUUUUUCUGAUUGCAUUUUUAACCUGCCUUUCCUCCAAGGAGUCCAAGGUAGUACACAUAAUUUUCAUCCUCCUCAUUUUGUCCUCACAACAACCCUGUGAGGUAAGUUAGGCUGAGAGAAUUGGACUGACCCAAGGUCACCCAGUGAGCUUAAUAGCCAAGUGGGAAUUUGAACCCUGGUCUCCCAGGUCCUAGGGUUUACCUUUACCUUUUAUCUUUUCUCUGUGCUUCCCAGACAUGGUCCACGCUUCAGAUCUCUGUGUCUGAGCACUCUUUCUUUUGCUCCAGAGCUUUCCCCAUGAAGAUCUACUCUUUAAAGCUGAAUUGGAGCAAACAGCAAUCCACGGAAAACCCAAAUUACCAGUUUUGCACUUCAGCUUUAAGCACUUGGAAAUGGAGCUUCAGAGCACAGACCUGUGCCUGGAAAACACCGGGCAAGAUGUAUGUGUGGAUAAGCCCUUAAUCUGACACUCUAACCACUACAUCACACUGUCUCCUGCCUUCUGAGCACAACGAGCACAUUUCUCCAGGUCAGGCACCACCUCUUCCAACAGCUGUGGCAGUUUGAACGAAGGCCUCUCAAGGAGAGAGGUGAGCAAAGGGCUGUCCUGCUCCCCUCCCCAAGCACCCCUCAGUCUGUGAGUUUAGCUGCCACUAUAGCAAUUCAAGCCAUGAGUGACAGCUUACCUAGAAUUCAAAUCUCUACUCCUCCCAUUGCAAUGGUGGCUGCAGUGCUGAUAAAGGGUUGCCGGUGGGCAGUGUUUGACGGACUCAUUUUUAUGUGCCAACUUAAUUUCUGCUCUAGUAACUGAGAUUGCUGGAGCAUUGAGCACCUUGUGCAAAACAAAUGCUCUCUCCUUCACCCUAGAACUAUUUCGGCAGCUGUUUUUUUGAAGCUUGAUGCCAGCUUAAUUGUGUGCAAGAUUUAGUUGCAACCUUCUGCUGUUUAAGAGCGGUCAAAUGUCAUAUCUGAGAGGCAGAAACCCAUUUUAGUAACUGAAUGCCAAAGCUAUCCAUAUUGCAUUGAUACAAAAACAUUUGGAGCACAUCUUCCAAAGUUUAAGCUUGACCCAAAAGCUCAAAUUCAGAUAUACAAUUUGAAACCAUUUUAAUACCCAAAUUCUCUUGUAGUUAUCCACAUACAAGUUAGAAUUUUUCAAUGAGUGAAAUUACACAUUUCUCCAGAUUACUGAUGUGGGAUCCCCAACACAUUGCCCACAGACAUUGUGCCUGCUAAAAUAAAAUGUGACUUUUGCUCUCACUUUUCGUUUUGGGGGUAGGGGUUGGAGCAAUAAGGACAUAAAAAGCUGCCUUAUACCAAACCAGAACAUUGGUUCAUCUAGCUCAAUAUAGUCCACACUGACUGGCAGUGGGUCUCCAAGUUUUCAGACAAGGAGACUUCCCCAGUCCUAUCUGGAGGUAUCAGACAUUAAACCAAAGACCUUCUGUACACAAAGCAGGUGCUCUACCACUCAAUUAUGGUCCUUCUCCCCCAGCAAGACUUGUUUGCUCUGUUCAUGUUUUUGGUCUUUUAUUUGUUGGGGGGGGUAUUUAUAAUGUGUUGCUUGUUUUGCAGUGGAUGGGUGAGUUUUUAGCAUCAUCAGUGUUUCUCUUGUGAUGCCAAGAGGUUGCCUAUAUCUGCCCCUGGACUCAGAAUGGUUGUAGACCUAUGCAGUAAAUCAACACUCAUUUGUCCCAAAUAUUGAAGCACAAGGAACGAGAGAGAGAGAGAGAGAGAGAGAGAGAGAGAGAGAGAGAGAGAGAAAUCAAAACUGGCUAAAUAUAUGCUGAAAGUACCAUUGUGGAAUGCUACAUUUAGGUCAUUAGGAUGGUUUGUAAAGAGUGAGAAUGGGAACACCAUGUACCAUGUCAUCCAUUAAAAAGCUUCCCAUUAUCUUCAGCUUAUAGGCUAAAUGCUAUAAUGAAACAACAGCCAAAUCCUUUACAAGGCAAUUUUCUAGGUUGGUGCCACCAUCUCCUUUUCUGUUAGCAAAAGUCUUUCUGCUGCUAAGGAUCUGUCAAAGGUCUGGUGGUGGUGAUAAAGUGAGAAAUCACUCGCUGUGCCAGACACUGUAAAGAAGAAGUGCAGAAGAAAAUUUAUUUGAAAGCAAUGCUCAGAACAAAGAAAUCUCUAAGGAUAUAAUCCUGCAUAUGCUGGAUGUAUGCCCCGUUGAACACAUUGUAAUGCACUUCGUGCUAAGCCCAACCCUGAUAUGUGACCCAGAAGAAUAACAUGGUGGAUGGUUUCAAAAGCUUCUGUAAGGUGUGGGAGAAUGAUCAGAGCAGCACUUCCAUUGCCCAAAUCACUCACCAAGACUAUUGCCAUUCCAUAGCUGCACCUAAAGCCCUUCACGGCCUAGGACCCUCGUACCUACGGGACCGCCUCUCCCGGUGUGCCCCACGGAGAGCCUCAAGGUCCAUAAAUAGCAACACCCUAUUGGUCCCGGGCCCUAAGGAAGAUUAGCUUCAACCAGAGCCAGGGCCUUUUCAACACUGGCUCCGACCUGGUGGAACGCUCUGCCUUAUGAGAUCAGGGCCCUGCAGGAUCUGAUUUCUUUCCACAGGGCCUGUAAGACAGAGUUGUUCCACCUGGCCUUUGGCUUGGAGCCAAUUUGAUUCCCUCCCCCUCUUUCUUCUUUCUUCUUUCUUUUUCCUUGUUUCUUUUUCCUUUCUCCUCCUGUGAUGAGGCUGCAUUUUAAUAUUUUAAUAUUUCAAUAUUUUAAUGUUGUAUUUUAAUCUUGUUUUUAAGUUGUAUUCAUUCAACUUGCUUUUAUUAUUGCCUGUUAGCCGCCCUGAGCCCGGCCUUGGAUGGGGAGGGCGGGGUAUAAAUAAAUAUUAUUAUUAUUAUUAUUAUUAUUAUUAUUAUUAUUAUUAAGCCAGACUGAGAUGGAUUUAAGAAUGAACUGGAGCACCACCUUAAGGCUUUUAAGAAUCACUCCUUCCUUCAAGGAGGCAUGAAUCACCUCCAAGGUCCAAACACCCUACCCUGAUCUCACUGAUUUAGCCAGCGAGGGCAGGGAAGCAAACAUGUGGAGGGCUUCAUUGCUUGCUCCCUUGCUGCAGAAUUUCCACCAGAAAACAAGGAAGCUGGCACAAGUCAUGUGAUGACAGAAACAAGCUAAAAGUGCAGACCAAGAGUGCUUUUCUACUCUAGUUGCCCCUUCAUAGUUGUAAUGCCUGAAGAAGACCUAUAAAGUUCACUGGCUUGCCUUGAGCAAACCACUGGUUCAGAUCAUAGAGCCAAACCAUAGUUUAUCGCAAGCCGGUGGGUUCCCAGAGAGGAUAUUGUGGCUGCUUUGUUCCCCCUCUGGUGCUGCUGCUGUGCUAUUCUGAAGAGAAGCCAUUGUUUGGCUUAGCAUGUCAUCCAAAUUCGGGCUCACAGUUUGUCUCCUCCAGAAAAACCACAAGCUGUAAAUCCAUGAACAAAGCUUUGGUUACCACUCAUGGUUUGUGUGGAGCGAGACAAACCAUAAACCCAUAUUUACCUCAGGCAGCAAAAUCUCUUUUGGCUGGCUCCAGUGAUCAGCAGUGCUGCCAACAAUCUUCACAUAUGCUUGGGAGUAGUUUCUGUACCUCUAGCUGAGCAGAUUCUAGAAUUCUGGAUGCAAUGGGUUUUUCCUCCUUUCAGUAGCCUAACACUGGCGAAAGAGGAGAAUCCAACGCAGGACUUGCUUUUGCUCACAGAUCUUUCUGUCCAGAUCAGAGCUAGGAUUUAUAAUAACCACCUCCCUCUCCAUUUCUUGUUCCAAACAUCCGGAAAGAAAGAGCAUUUUUUCAGAAAUCUCAUCUAUAUUCUCACAGGCAUCUCUAAUUUGAAUUAAGCCUGUUAACGUCAACUUUCCUGCCGCUGCAUACUAUUUAUUUAACCAUCCCACUACUAAAGGCAAUGGAACACAUUUCCUUACACUCUGCUAACGGAAUAGCAAUUAAUUCAAUUUCCAGCUCUUAAUUUAACACUAAAAUUGGGAGGGCAAAAGGUCUGUUGAUAUCAAACUUGGUAAUAAAUGGAUUUAAUGCAUAGCAGUGCAGAUAUGCUCCCACACCUUGACUUUCCCUGUGAUUCAUUCAAACCAAAUGACUUCUCCCAAAGAACAGAGGCCUCUUCCAAAUAAAUGGUGUUUUAUGUGUCAAACAAGUUCUGUCUUUUCACUCUUAUUUUUUUUUAAUGGGGUUGUCUUAUCAAUAUUGACAAUUGCUUCAUGCAGCUCAGAACCAAACUAGAGGUGGCAUCAUUCAUGCAAUUAGCAAUUGCAUGGAUUGAUAGUGGGCAGAAUAUUAAUUAGGCCGAGGGAGCUGAGUCUCAAGUAUCCCUGCAUCUAUGUUAUUUUCAAAUAGAACAAUAUAGGUGCUUCUCUGCCAUUAGCCUUUGCAAGCAUCCAGUAUUUCAUUUUGGGCCAUCAAUUCCAGUUACUGUGCAAAGUUUACUGCGGUUGUUAAAAGGCAACUACAAAGGACAAAGAAAUAGUUUAUUGCUGAGCUGCUUGGAAAACUUGAUAGCAUUGCAAUUUUGUUGUAAUCCUCUUGAGACCAGUGCUGGAUUUACAUAUAAGCUAAACAAGCUGUAGCUUAGGGCCCCACUCUCUUAGGGGCCCCAAAAAAAUGUAAAGGGGAAAAAACUGGAUAUAUGUUUCCAAAAUAUAAGAUAAAAAAACAAAUAAAAUAAAACCUACAUACAGCAUCAGUGUUUUGUGUUGUGUAGGCUCCUAUGAUGUCAGUAAAGGGCCCCGCCUGCUAGCCUGCUCUCUAAAAUUUCACUGGUUUGCUCAUUUCUAUAUAUAGGAUGCGUACAUUCUGCAUUUGCAAAUGGCUUUAGAUACCUAUUAGGUCCAUAAAUUAGGUCCAUAAAGGUCCAUAGCCUAUGUUCAACACAAAAAACAGCGACAAUUUGUUGUUGACAAAGGACAGCUGGACAUAUAAAGGGCCCCAUUACCUUCAGUAACUUAGGGCCUCAUCAAACCUCAAUCUGGCCCUGCUUGAGACCAAGACACCUUUGAUAAGAAUAGCUCAAUCAGUGUUGCGAGAGGGUUUGUGGUGGUUGCUCUUAGCUUUGCCCGUGAUUAUGCUAAGAACAGAGAAUUCUGUUCUGUGACAUAAGAACAUAAAAAGAGCCUGCUGGAUCAAACCAAUGGCCUAUUUAGUCCAGCAUCCUGUUCUCACAGUGACCAACCAGUUGCUUGUGGGAACCCUGCAAGUGGGACAUGAGGGCAACAUCAGUAUCCCCACCUGUGAUUCCCAGUAACUGCUAUUCAGGUGCAUAUACUGCCUCUGACAGUGAAGGCAGGACAUAGCUGCCAUGGCUAAUAACCACGGAAAUACAUUUCCCCAUCAGUGCUCCUGUUUUAUUCUUCCACAAGAAUGCCAUGUCAGGGGUGUCAAACAAUGUUCCCUAAUGCAAACCAUGCAUCCCAUCUAUGUUCCAGGCAAAUGAAGAAGCCUCAGGUCCUCUUCAGGGAUCUAUGUAGCACAAUGCCCUUACUAGGGCAAAGGGAACUGCUUGCCAAUCACUGGCUUUGUGUGCCGGCUCCUCUUCCCCCACCACCUCAUUCUCCUCAAAUUAGAAACUGGAUGUCAUAGAGCUGGAAGGUGGGCAACAUGGGGGCCUUGACCUAAUUUCAUCUGAGGAGGAAGGGUGUCAGAGAGGAAGGGAGUGGCAGAAAGAGAGAGAAAGGGGGCGUCCUUCUGGAUCUGCCCUUUCUUGCCAUGGGAAUGACCUCCAAGGGAAUGUGACAGUCGAUAGAAAAGAAGGUUCCUCACCUCUGCCAUGGUGCAAGUUGAGUCUAGGGCCCCAUCUGCACUAAACAUUUUAAACAAUAUCAUGGCACUUUAAAUGAUCGUGGCUUCACCCAAAGCACCUUUGUUAAUGGGGCUGAGUUUAUAGAGGACUCCCUGGGCUACAGUUCCCAGACGUCUCUGGGGGGAAGAAGAAGAAGAAGAAGAAGAAGAAGAAGAAGAAGAAGAAGAAGAAGAAGAAGAGUUUGGAUUUGAUAUCCUGCUUUAUCACUACCCAAAGGAGUCGCAAAGCGGCUAACACUCUCCUUUCCCUUCCUCCCCCACAACAAACACUCUGUGAGGUGAGUGGGGCUGAGAGACUUCAGAGAAGUGUGACUAGCCCAAGGUCACCCAGCAGCUGCAUGUGGAGGAGCGGAAACGCGAACCCGGUUCACCAGAUUACAAGUCUACCGCUCUUAUCCACUACACCACACUGGCUUGAGUGUUAAGAGGACUUGAGUGUUGAACCACUCCAGGAAUUUUAGCUCCUCGCAAUUCUUGGCACCUUUAACAAACUACAGUUUCCAGGAAGGGUAAAUAUUGAUGGAAAAGUGCACUCAUUUAUACACUUUUAUAGAUUUUCAAAGUGACACGUCAGGUUGCUGGAUAAAAAUAAAUAAAUUAUCUGCUGAUUCCUUAGGCUAAAGCAGAACUUGGGAGAAGCUGGUGAGAAACAGCCAGACUGAUCACCAAGUGCGUAAUCAUAUUGAUUGAUUGACGCCAUAUGCCUGCCAGCUCAAUGCAAGGAACAACCUAACCCACUGGGAACGGAAGAAAUGGAGUGGAGAAAUGCAAUUUGCCGUGAAAAGUACUGGAUGAUUUAUGACAAUAUAAUAAUAAUUUUGCCUGUGGUACUGGGUACUGUUUUUCAGUCCGCUAAUGAUGCCAUACUAUAGACAAGUCAGCAUUUUUGGAACGUAAGACAGAUAAAAGGUUGAAAAUGGGACAGUGGCAUCAGAGCUGAGCUUAGAACAAAGUUUGUAGUGGCUGUUACCUGGUGUGGUUGUGUGUCGUACUCUGCAGAAGGCAGACUUUUCUUUGAAGAGCUGUCCAGGUCUAAUUUAAAGAUAAAGAACCCAAAACCAGCAGCUAGACAGCAGACUGAACAGGCACAUAGUCCACCUGAUCCAAGUCUUCCCCACUUUGGAGUAACGAUGGAGUGGAGUCUUUAGCAGAGGAGUCACCACUUCCUAAGCCCUGCUAGGCUUGUCCAAGUCAAGGUGCAGCGUGGGUAAAAUCACCUAACAAUCUAUUAAGAAGACCCCAGAGCCUGUGUUACUGAAUGUAUUUACAGAUGAUAAUACAGACUUGAUAAAUCCCUGCUUGGCUAAUUUUGUAGCUGCACAUAUGACUAUUGCCAGCUUUUGGAAGGACCUUAAUGGAGCUGAUUUAACAGCAUUGUGUAAAAGGAUUUGGCAGGUAGCCCUAUCAGAGAAACUUACAUGUACACUAAGAAUAGCUAGAGGAAGUAAAUGCAGAGAAAUGUUUGCAGGAGACUGGUAGAAUUUUAUUGCUUAUGCAAAUAUUUCAGACAACGAAAGGAGAGUCCCUAGGGUAUGUUCCAGUAUAUGGAUUUGUUAAAUGUUUGUCUUUUUCUUCUUGUUGUUUUUGUUACCCUUUGCAUUUAUUCAAAAGUUUUCUUCACAAAGAAACAUCUUCAUAUUUUUGUUUCUGAAUUUGUUCAAUUGGGUAGGGUCCAGAUUUUGUAAUGUUCUUUCCUCUCUUUAAUUUAUUUUUAUUGGUUACAUUUGUUAUACAAAUUAAAAAUAAUUAAUAGUGUUUUUAAAAAAUGAAAAUGGGUGGCUUUUCCAUUUUUUAUCCUCGUUUGAUUUUCUUUUUCUUUUUCAAAAUUUCUCCAUCAUUGAUUCAGAAAAUAGUUGUGCAGUGUCAGGGCUUGCAUAUCUUUUUUCCCCCCAGGGUGAGAAGGCAUCUGGGAAUGAGGGGCUUUGGAUCCAGAAGUUACAACCUUCCCCUGUUGCAAUCCUGAAAUGCCCCACUUUUGCAAUUACCACCUGCAGAGCAGCCAGGACAGUGCAACUGUCAUGAUCCCUGUAUCCAGCAGCUAUCUAGACACAGAGUCAGAGUUGACUGCUGGAAAUCAGGAAACCACUGCACUCAAAGCUGUCAAACAGGAGCCCCCAGAAUUAAUUCCCAAACCACCAGGGCCUCUGUGAAGAGAACCUGGACCCUAUUGGGCACUUUCCUGUAAGCCUGAGGAACCAGAUGCCUCCCACCAGAAGAAGGCUAUGGAUAGACAAAGCAUUCCUGUCUUCAGUACAGGGGUUGGCUCUUUAAAGCUCUGAAGUUCUCCAUUAGCAGAUAGAGUCUGGAGGAGAUAGUCAGGAAACAGUGACUUAAAGGCUCCCAGUCUGCUCUGGACAAAAGUUGGAGCAAGUUGCUCACUUGGAGCUAUCCAUGGUCCUGGUCAGCCUUGCGGCAUUCCCUGUGCAUUGGACAGCAACAGAACCCUCAUAGAACACCCUCAGUGUUGCAUAGCCAUGCACUUUCUUCCUUCUUUCAUCCCAACCUCUUCUAUGUUGCUGUCACCACACAAAGUUGGCUCUUGGAGAUAUUGCCAUAGACAUCUUUGCCUUCCAUUCUUCUUUACCUGCAUCAUAUUUCCUUUCAGUUACAAUCCACCAACUACUGCAGAAAUUGCAUUUAGGUGUUAUCCAAUACCCACUGACCUGGAAGUAAGUCCCAUAGAUAGAAUUGCACUCCUGGUAGUGCAAACAAAGGUCGUGUGACAUCAUUGUGUUGGAAGACCCCACUUUCUCCAAGGGGCAGGAAGGAUGGGAAAACUCAUAAUGCAAUCCCAUAAUGUUUAGUAAUGCAAAACAUGUGACCAAAGCAGAGAGGAAGAGCAAAGUGUGAGUGCUCAGUACUGAGGUCAUGUUUCCUUCUUCUCUUUUAUGACUAGCAGCCGGAAUGGGGAGCCUAUGUCUCUCUAGAUUUUGUUAGAUUCCAGUCCCUUCAGACCCAGUCAACAUGGUCAGGGAUGAUGAAAGAGGGAGUCUUGACAACAUCUAGAGAGGUACAUGUUUCCCAUUCCAUUUUAGCAGCUUCAAUCUGAAAUGGACUUCAAUGAUAGGGAAAGAAGCCUUCCAUGAACAAAAGCAAAAUAUUUUCUCUUUAAGUAUAUGCUGCCUACCCUUUACAAGGAAAUGUUAUUGUGUUGGGAGAAAAUGCAAUAAAUAAAUGCACACUGUUAAAAUGUAAGUGGUAGUUAUUGCAGUAGGAGGAGAGCUGGACUACAAUUUUCUAUAUUUAUAGGGCUAAAGUAGCACUGAGGAAAAGCACUAGUUUUAUUCCUUCCAGAGUGCAGUAAUAAAGCAGCUAGCAUAUUUGCAAAGCUUAAGCAGGGUCUGGUCUGGUUUCAAAUUGGUUGGGGGACUGUGUGUUGAGAUUCCUGCCUUACUUAGACAAGUUGACUCUUGGGGUCCCUUCUAACUCAACAGUUCUAUGAUUCUAUCAUUCUAAAACGCAGUUUUCCAAAUCCUCCAAAUUCAUAGCGGUGAAGCAAUAAUUUAGCAUGUCUUCAAACUUCUUGUGCAGAAAUAGAUUAAUCAUUGCAAUUGCAGGAGCAAUCAAAACAAUAGAAACUCUUUUCAGUCGUUCCACCCCUGACUGGAGUCCUUUCAACACUUUUAUUUAUUUUACCACGUCUUGUAACCAUAGAAUCAUUUAAAAUGUUAAAAUCUAGAAGUACUAUUUUCAUCUUUGUACUGAUGUUGUUUGACGUUGCUGCUUUUAGACUGUUUCAUGCUGUUGCUGAUUUUGUUUUGUUCUAAUUUCAUGGAGGUGCUUGAAUUGCUUUAAACAAUUUGUUGUUGUUACCUCUGCUGCUGUUAUUGUUGUUGUUAUUAUUAUUAUUUACCGCAAACUACCCGGAGAGCAUGUGUUGCUGAGCAGCAUGUAAAUAUUACUGCUCAAGACGUGCAACUGCACUUCCAGAUAAAUAUUUAAGGAUGAAUGUUGGCUGACACAUAGUAAGCCCUCAAAACCAAACCUUUCCACUAUAACUAAUUUUUCAUGUCUUCAUUGAUGGGAACAACUGUUUUUGACCCUCCAGCCACCUUGGAGGUUGCUGAGCCAAAGCUCCCUGUUGCCCCACCCCCAAAAUUGCCUACUGCCAAUUUAUUUUGACAUAAAUAAUACUCAUCUGUAUCUCUCUUUCCCUGCUGCAGUUGAAAAUUGAUGUGUUGAUGGCAUCACAGAGGGUGGACAGAUUUGGCCCAGUGGCCUUCAACUGCUGGUGCCCUACUUCAGUGUUUCCCAACCUUGGGUCUCCAGCUGAUUUUGGACUACAAUUCGCAUCAAUCUGACCACUGGUCUUGCUAGCUAGGGAUGGUGGGAGUUGUAGUCCAAAAACAACUGGAGACCCAAGGUUGGGAAACACUGCUUUAGAUGGUCAAAAAGAAUGUGAAAAUUAAUGAAUACAUGGAGAUAACUCUAAAUACAGUGGUGCCCCGCAAGACGAAUGCCUCGCAAGACGGAAAACUCGUUGCGUGGCAAGUCCCCUCCCCCAUGUGAAAUGAAGACACUGGACACAUUAAUUAAGGUUAAUGGGCAUAAUAAGGCCACAACUUUAUUGAUUACAGAAUUGAAAGGUAUUGACCUUAGGCAUUGGCUCCUAUCGACUACCCGGCAUGGAGACCGGGAAGGGUUAACCACAAGCUGUGGGAGUCCUGUUGAAGUACGCCAACUAGGAUCCCACGGGUGUCACCGCUCGGGGGCGUGCCGGAGGCCCUUACCUCCCUAGGUUUUGGACAAGGCAACGCCCCCCGGAGUCCUUUACCGGACUACCCUUUUCUUGGGGGAAGGUGAUGGCGCUUCCUUCCCCCCCAUUCAUUUGCAUAACAAUAAACCCCUGCCAAUGCCUAACCGCCAAAUACCACUGAAGUUGUGACGAUUGCUACGAGGUAGGCGAAAAAACCAAAAGGCUGACAGUGCGCCAAAUUGGAAAAAUUCCUACCAGGCCCCUUGCGGCGACCAACCGGAGUCCAUAGCAAGUUUAUAGCUAGCUAAGCCUAAGGAUGGGUGGGAUGGGAAAACCGCUCAGCUGGCAAGGGGAAAGAGGGCGGUCCCCGGGCGUGCCUGGCCUUAAGUAGGCUAGGCCACGCCUCCCCAGCCCGCCGAUUGGCGGGCCGGGUCGCAGGCACGCCCGGGGAUUCCCUGGAUCUCGCGGGGGCAAAAGGCCAGCCCCCGCGUGUGUGGGAGGGGGUAACCCACAACCCCCUCUCCUCCCAAGGUCGGAAAUGGCUCUAGACGAAAGGGUUUUCCGUUUUUUGAGCUGCUUCGCAAGACGAAUUUCCCUAUGGGCUUGCUUCGCAAGACGAAAACGUCUUGCAAGUUUGUUUCCUUUUUCUUAACACCGUUAAUACAGUUGCGACUUGACUUCGAGGAGCAACUCAUAGAACGCAGUGUACAUAGUAGCCUUUUUUGAGGUUUUUAAAGACUUUGGUGAUUUUUGAAGCUUUUCCAAAACUUCUUUUGCAGCCUUUUGGUAAGUUAAGCUUUUAAAACUAUUUUGGGGGGUUUUGGAUUUUGGGUUGGGGUGUUUGGAAUUCAAGGACUUGGUGUUGGGGAGGGGUUUGCAAGAAUCUGGAAGCUUGUGGUUUUUUUCCUGCAUUUUUAUGAUUUUCUGUGACCAUUGGGCCACUCUGCUGUUUUUUUUAAAAAAAAUCUGGAUUUGAAUUUCUGUGUGCUGGGUGGCUGGGGGAACAGUUGGGGAGGGGUUUGCAAGAAUCUGGAAGCUUGUGUGUGUUUUUCUGCAUUUUUAUGAUUUUCUGUGACCAUUGGGCCACUCUGCUGUUUUUUAAAAAAAAUUCUGCAUUUGAAUUUCUGUGUGCUGGGUGGCUGGGGGAACAGUUGGGGAGGGGUUUGCAAGAAUCUGGAAGCUUGUGUGUGUUUUUCUGCAUUUUUAUGAUUUUCUGUGACCAUUGGGCCACUCUGCUGUUUUUUUAAAAAAAAUCUGGAUUUGAAUUUCUGUGUGCUGGGUGGCUGGGGGAACAGUUGGGGAGGGGUUUGCAAGAAUCUGGAAGCUUGUGUGUUUUUUUCUGCAUUUUUAUGAUUUUCUGUGACCAUUGGGCCACUCUGCUGUUUUUUUUAAAAAAAAUCUGGAUUUGAAUUUCUAUGUGCUGGGUGGCUGGGGGAACAGUUGGGGAGGGGUUUGCAAGAAUCUGGAAGCUUGUGUGUGUUUUUCUGCAUUUUUAUUAUUUUCUGUGACCAUUGGGCAACUCUGCUGUUUUUUAAAAAAAAUUCUGGGUUUGAAUUUUGAAAUGCUCUUUACAGUAUGUGUGACUUUAAAGAGCACUUAAUAAACUCUUGUUGUACCAAAUUUGGCUUUGUUUGGACUUUUUUUGACCAUAGGAACGCAUUAAUUGAUUUUCAAUGCAUUCCUAUGGGAUUUCGUGCUUCGCAAGACGAAAAAUUCGCUAGAUGAAAAAAUUCGCGGAACGAAUUAAUUUCGUCUUGCGAGGCACCACUGUAAAUGCAGUAUUAAUUCUUGGAUCACCAGCACUACCAAUUUCCUUUUCUUUUUUUUUAGUUUGUUAUUUGUUAUUUACUGUCUUAUUUCCUCCCAAACAUUGCAUACAACAACACACAUAUGUGCAGACACCCACACACCCACACCCACACAUAAAAUGAUAAUAAUGAAAGUAAAUAUUUUUCCCCUUUUAUCUUCCAAAAUCUUUUCUUCAACUUUGAAUUCCUGUCAAGUCCCUUUGCAUAUAUUUUAUCUUACAUUUGAAUGUACACAAAACAAUAAACCUUUCUAUAUAAUUUUUCUAAUACAUUCUGAAAACAUAAUAAAUCCUUAAUUGUUGUCCACCUCCUUUUAGUUCCUUUAUCACUCGGAUGCUAGCACAGAGUCAAAACUAUUAUUGUAUUUUUGAACAUAUCUUCUAUAACCAUCCCAUUUUUCCGCAAUUUUUUGCUUUGAGUUUCCUCUGAAUUUACUAGUCAGUUGAGCCAUCUCCACCAAUUCCUGUAAUUUGAUUUGCCAAUCUGUUAUUUUUGGAGCCUCGUGAUCUUUCCAUCCCUUGGCCACAAGUAUACGAGCCGCUGCGGUUGCAUACAAGAAUACCUCUCUUAGAUUUUUGGGGAUCUCUUUAUCUAAAAUACUUACUAGAAAUGCCUCUGGUCUUUUAGUAAAAGUUAUCCCCAUCAUCUUUUUUAGCACUAGCAAUUUCAGUGGUGGGGGCGGGGAGUAUCUUUGUUUUGUCAGUUCUACAUAUAACAGAAGCAGAUCUCUGAGUCUGCAGUGACACAAGAUGGGCAGGUCACAACACUGGGGAAAGCAUUCAGUUAACACUUAUAAGAAGGCUUCCAUCAUCCACAAGCUGCCAGAAGACAUGACUCACAGGAACAACAAGACAUGAACAAACCCACUUUUGAUGUUGUAUGUCAUGGCAUUGUGACUUCUUUGCUUUCAGGCAUCAUACAAGAAUACACAGAGAGAAACUGGGGCAGCAAAAAAAUUAGCACUGAAAUAGGAAGCUGCCUUAUACCAAAUCAAAAGGUUGGUCUAUUUAGCUCACCAUAGUCUACACUGACUGGCAGCAUCUUUCUGGGGUUCCACAUAAAGCACAACCCCAGUCUUACCUGGAUAUGAUGUGGAUUGAGCCUGGAACCUUCCACCACAAGGCAGAUCCUCUUACCAUGGAGCUACAGUCAUAAGUAUGCCAAAGGCAAAAAGGAUGCCCAUUGCUAAAUCUCUGCAUUCACUUCCUUUACACCUCUCUAAGCUUGCAGGGGAGGUGGGUGCCCUUGAAGUCAUCCCAGCGCAUCUUAUUUUAGUGUCCUUUCUGACAACCAUCUUUUAAAAAAGAGUCUUGUGGGUUUCUCCUCAUUUAAAGAGUAUUUAAUCUUUCCUUCUUGUUUAAUGCAUAACCUAGACCAUGGGUAGGCAAACUAAGGCCCAGGGGCCGGAUCCGGCCCAACCGCCUUCUAAAUCCAGCCCGCAGACGGUCCGGGAAUCAGCAUGUUUUUACAUGAGUAGAAUGUGUCCUUUUAUUUAAAAUGCAUCUCUGGGUUAUUUAUGGGGCCUGCCUGGUGUUUUUGCAUGAGCAGAACGUGUGUUUUUAUUUAAAAUGCAUCUCUGGGUUAUUUGUGGGGCAUAGGAAUUUGUUCUCCCCCCCAAAAAAAUAUAUAUAGUCUUGCCCCUCACAAAGUCUGAGGCACGGUGGACGGGGCCCCUGCUGAAAAAGUUUGCUGACCCCUGACCUAGACUUUUUCUUUCUGUUCUACCCUUUGUGCUCCACUGAGAACCUCUGGUCCAGGAAUUCCAUAUUCUGGUUAUGGUUAUUACUUUUGAAGUAGAGGGAAAUGAAUGAAGUUAAGUGUUCCUUAUCUGACCAUUCUCAAGAGGGUCCACUUCAUCGCUUCAUGUGUCAAGUCCUUUGUUUUAUCCGUUCAUACAGUCGCUGGCUUUUUGACCUGCUGACCCCCAAAGUGGCUAGACAACACACUUAAAACUAAGAACUAAAACUAAACCACACACAACAGCACAAUAAAGAUCACGUAAUGGAGAAGUGGAAGGUGGUAUUCAUUAUGUGUUUGUGGUCUGUGAAUCAUAAAAGAGAUCUAGCUAGCCAGUCAGCAAGCCCAAAUGCAGAUAGUUGCUUUUUCUUAAAUCAUAGAGGUCACUAAUUCAAGCGCCUUGAGAUUCAGAUGUAAAUUCUGUGUGGGCAAUUCCCUUCUCAAAAAACAAUGUUUGCCACACCAGGGAGAAAGUGCCCUGAAGAAAAACAGCUGCUCACAUUAAGCCUUGCAGGGACAGUAACUUGAUGAAAACUAAUUUAGUCUCUAUCCUUUGGCCUGGUUCCCUAUUGGAAUGCUUUGUGCUCCCUGGGGGGAGGGGGGAUAUUGGCACAUGUUUGUCCCUGCUUAAUACUCUGCUUUGCCUCUUCCCAUUAUCAUCCAGAUGUCCAGAAUGUUGAUAGAUUUGUCUCAAGUUCUAACAGCUGCAAAUGGGCAACAUUAAUAAUCUGGUGUUGCAUAGAAUAAAAGAUGUUCAGGAGCUAUUAUGUCAAAGAGAUUAUUACAUCGUGGUUUCUGCCUAUUUCCUACACGGAAGCUUCUGGUCAAAUUCCAAUUUAGUACAGGUGCCUACCUCUCUACCUAUAUAUCUAUCUCUGAAUAUGAUGCACGUGUCAUAUAAUAAGACAUAUAUGCUAUCAUUUGUGUGCUUGUUAUCCCACAAACAUGAUAUACUAUGGGCAACCCAGUCAGAUGGGCAGGAUUAUUAUUAUUAUUAGUGAGUUUCUUUAUUUGUUUCAGUGUUCUUUAUCGUGUGUGUGUGUGUGUGUGUGUGUGUGUGUGUGUGUGUGUUCCCUGUAUUUUAGUUCUAUUCAAAAAAUAAAAUUUAUUGAUUAAAAGACAGUCAUGUCCACACAUUUUCCCAAAACUCCUCUCCUUUCCUGCAGGUGGUUAAAAUGAUGAUUGUUGUCGUCCUGACAUUUGCAGUCUGCUGGUUGCCGUACCACAUUUAUUUUAUAGCUACUGGCAUCUAUGAGAACUUGGGCCGCUGGAAAUACAUUCAGCAAGUCUACUUAGCCACCUUCUGGCUUGCUAUGAGCUCCACCAUGUACAACCCGAUCAUCUACUGCUGCCUCAAUAAAAGGUAAGAUCGCCUCAGAAUUCCGUGAGGCAUUUGUGGCUGUAAUUUAGGAAUAACCUAGAAUCAUAGAAUCAUAGAGUUGGAAGAGACCACAAGGGCCAUCGAGUCCAACCCCCUGCCAAGCAGGAAACACCAUCAGAGCACUCCUGACAUAUGGUUGUCAAGCCUCUGCUUAAAGACCUCCAAAGAAGGAGACUCCACCACACUCCUUGGCAGCAAAUUCCACUGUUGAACACCUGUCGGACGACUGUGGGCAUUUUCAUUUCGCUUACAGUGGUACCUCCGGUUACAUAUGCUUCAGGUUACAUACGCUUCAGGUUACAUACGCUUCAGGUUACAGACUCCGCUAACUCAGAAAUAGUGCUUCAAGUUAAGAACUUUGCUUCAGGAUGGGAACAGAAAUCGUGCUCUAGCGGCGCGCCAGCAGCAGGAGGCCCCAUUAGCUAAAGUGGUGCUUCAGGUUAAGAACAGUUUCAGGUUAAGUAUGGACCUCUGGAAUGAAUUAAGUACUUAACCUGAGGUACCACUGUAUUCACAUUUUCAAAUCAAGAUAUCCUCCUACUUUCCCUUGAAUCUUGCGGUACUUUCUAUUUCAAGCAGAAGACUCCUUCAGACAGAGGGCAGGCCUCUGCAAAGCAGAGCACAUAACCACCUUGGUUUCUUGAGUCUUCUUUCUGCCUGAUACAGUACAUUCUAGGGAGGAGAUGCCACUAGAGCCCACCGAAUGAUAAAGUAGCUUUGAAUUUGCUAGACAGAAUCCGAUUCAUGCUGUUUCACAGUAUCACCACUUCCCUUCUAUCUACAUAAUGAGUAGGAACUGUGUGCCUAUUUCAUUGAACUCAGGUGGAAUCUACACAACAUAUAAAAACUGUUCUGAAAAUGCUUUCUUAAAGCAUUUUUAAAAAUACAUUGAAUUUUCCAUAAGGCUCACCAUUGCCAUCUAGUGUCACAUUGCAUAUUGCACUUAAAACAUUUUAUUUGCAGCUAUAUAGCUGAUCUUCAGACAUGGAGUGGCAUUGCCAUCUUUUUUUCUUUCUUUUUUUGUAUAUAAUUUUUAUUAAUUUUCCAAUAAAAACAAAUUUAUAACACAAUUAAACAUUAAGAAUUCAUCACACAUCUUUUUUUCUUUUAGACUUCCAUCAACAUGUCUGAUAAUUUUCCGUAGUUAUUACAUAUCUUCACAUUUCUUCAUUUAUAUUGCACUAUGUAUAUCUUAUCUUACCAUAUUAUUUAAACAAUAUUUCUACCAAACCUUCUUACAGAGCUUCUUGGAAACUUACAAACGUUAUAUCAUUAUCACCAAUAUUUCAAUAUAUUCUGUAAAUUUAUUCCAGUCCUCAGUGAAUCUUUGGUCCCGUCGGUUGCGAAUCCUCCCUGUUAAUCUGUCCAGUUCUGCAUAAUCCAGUAAUUUCGUUCUCCAUUCUUCAGUCGUGGGCAUUUCUUCUUGUUUCCAUUUCUGGGCCACCAGAGUUCUAGCUGCUGUUACUGCAUACAAAAAUACUUUCUGAUCCUUCCUUUUUAUCUCACCACCUAAAAUUCCUAAUAGGAAUGCUUCUGGUUUUUUAAGAAAUGUAUAUUUCAAUAUUUUCUUUAUCUCAUUAUAUAUCAUUUCCCAGAAGCACUUCAUUUUUACAUUCCCACCACAUAUGAUAAAAUGUCCCUUCUUUCUCCUUACAUUUCCAACAUUUAUUACUCACUUUAUACAUCUUACUUAAUUUGACUGGUGUUAUAUACCAUCGAUAUAUCAUUUUCAUAACAUUUUCUUUAAUUGUGGUGCAUGCUGUAAAUCUCAUCCCUUCCUUCCAUAAUUUUAUCCAAUCAUCAAAUUGAAUGUUAUGUCCAAAAUCUUUGGCCCAUUGAAUCAUAACUGAUUUAACCUCUUCAUCCUUCAAAUGCCAUUCUAAUAAUAAUUUAUACAUCAUAGAUGAGUUUUUAAUGGCAUGGGAGCACAUUUUGCUUUAGUGAUACUGAUAAAUGCCAACCAGGAACUGAUUGAAUUAUUUUUUUAAUUAGCAACCCUUCAUGACUGAGCCUGAUUACACCUUCAAGACUAACAGAUUUACAAGCAUAUGCCACAAUAAUCUGUUCAUCAAUAUGGUGCUACAAGACUCUGCCUUGUGUUUACUGUAGCAGACUAAUAUGGCUUCCCUCACCCAUGCCAUAUUAUGCAAGAUGCAAUGGAUUGCAAGAUGUGUAGAUGUUGGACUUGGAACACAAAAUGAAGUAGCAGAAAACAUUGUUUACUUUCUGCUCCCUUCAGGCUGAAAUGUGAACUAUGCUUUUCGAUUCAUCUGUUAGGCACUGGUCUGCUUUUUAAUUCUCAUUUGACUUUGAUUCACCUGCUUUAACUCAAACAAAGCAUUUUGCCUCUGGUGGCUAUAGGAACACUCUAGCUAAAUAAUAAUAAUAAUAAUAAUAAUAAUAAUAAUAAUAAUUUAUUAUUUGUACCCCGCCCAUCUGGCUGGGUUUCCCCAGCAACUCUGGGUGGCUUCCACAGAAACCAAAAAUACACUAAAAUAUCACACAUUUAAAACUUCCCUGAACAGGGCUGCCUUAAGAUGUCUUUCUGAAUGUCAGGUAGCUAAACUACAUUUCUCACCUUGUUUCAGUCUCAAAACAUAUGAACGGCAUUAUUAAUACAGAAAACAAUGCAUCUGUCCCUGUCCAGAGCGUCUGUUAUUGCCUACAUCUGUAAACAUAGAAUCAAACAUACACAGUCCUUUGGUUUUUAUCAGCACGUCUUUACAAAUCCAGAUAACUAACCUAAGCCUUUAUUGCAGGGGAGAAGCUAACCUGAUUGUAGCUGGACUUCAUGCAAAAAUCACAGGGUGGUUUACAAUAUAAAAACAGCAAAAUUCAUACCAUAAUAACAAACAAAAACAAUACCUCCAUUUAAAAGGCUAUAGAUUGUUUAAUUAGCCAAAGGCCUGGAAGAAAAAGAAUGUUUUUGCCUUGCACUUAAAGAUAUGUAAUGAAGACACCAGGCGAGUUUUCCGUGGAUGAGCAUUCCACAAGUGGAGAGCCACCACAUAAAAGGCCUGUCCUUGUUUUGCCACUUUCUAGACCUCCUGUGGAGGAGGCACACGAAGAAGGGUCUCAGAUGAUGAUCACAGGGUCCAGGUCACAUAACUAGGCAGACAGACACCUGGAGCCCUGGCAUGCAUCCAAAACAAACUGAAUUUAUUAAAGCUUAUUGCAAGUUUAUACCAGGAAACAGGCAAUUGAAUAAUCAAGUUAAAAGCUUAAAGCUAAGAAACUCAAUUGGUUAGCUUCACAGAAUUGUUUCUUGAAGACUUUUCCCCUGCCAGCCAGGGAUCCCAUGCUCUCCUGUCCAGCACAAGGCCAGGAGACCAAGUCAAAGAGAUCACACGUACCUCAUAUUUAUACGGUUCUUAAGACACUGGGGCUCCUUAAAAGCUAAUGAUAGACACUUCAGUAUCUAAUUGGUUCACCUAAUUUGCCUCUUUUCCCUUAGUGUUUACCUCUGGCACUCUAGAUGUCUUGCACAAGUACACCCCAGAUGUCCUCCACAUGUCCUGUUCAUUUCUCAAACAUGCUAACAGGUCCCUAGAUGUUUAACUCCCAUUGAUGAAUGUGCACACAUCCAUGUGCAGAGUGCCUUCUCAGUUAAACACUUCCUUGUUCCCUGAUAUGUCCCUUUGUGCUGCUUGUUCCCCUUUCUCCAUUCCCCCUUCGUCCCACAAGCCUGAUUACAUUUUCUGCCAUAGUAACUGUACUACAUGUUGAAACACCGCCACCUCUCCCCACCAUUUUAGGUGCCUAAGCUUGCAACAUUAUGCUGUUUGAUAUCUCCUGUGGUACAAAUACAUUGCGAGUGAUUGGGUUUCUUUGUUUUCAGGUUCAGAGCUGGUUUCAAGAGAGCUUUCCAGUGGUGUCCUUUCAUCGAAGUAUCUAGUUACGAUGAACUGGAACUCAAGACAACCAGGUUCCACCCUACCAGGCAAAGUAGUCUGUACACAGUUUCAAGAAUGGAAUCCAGCAUGUCGGUAGUAUUUGACCCCAGCGAUGGAGAAACCAACAAGUCUAGCCGCAAGAAAAGAGCUCCUUCACAGGAACCCAGCUUCAAUGGUUGCUCACACAGGAGCUCCAAAGCCAUGUCAACAGCAUCAAGUUACAUCAACUCCCCAUAUACAUCGGUGGACGAGUACUCCUAA